AUGGAUCCACGGCAUCCGUCCAAGCUUCCACUUUCAGUUCCAGUUCCAGUUCCAGUUCCAGUUCCAGUUCCAACACCAGUUCGGGUUCCCUUUUCGCCGUCGCCUUACGCUACUCCUUUCCCUCCUUCAGUUUCUCCAACACCAUCAACCUCCGACAACCGUCUCAUCACGAUAGUAGCUACUCAACCCAGCGCUACUCCUGUAUUUGUUACGCAUCCGAACCGUACAUAUCCGCAUACUCAUCCGCAUGAGCACACGCACAUCAUUACCCACUCUCGCACACCGUCUUAUGACAUCGCGCGCGCCGAGUCGCAUCCGCAUCUUUAUGCUCAGAAUUUGACCUCGGAUCAAAACCCUGCAUAUGCCGCUCAUACUUUUGACCAGCGACGAUCCUCCGACACGACUUUUUAUUCUCAACCGUCACGCCAAAUAAGCCACGAUUCAAACCUUGCGCGUUCAAACUCACCAGCCGUUCACUCUCUUCGAUCUCUCAAUCGUGAAAUGCCGCCGCCGACAUCGCCUCCCCAGCCGGGGGCGAAACCGCCGCAACAAAAUCAACAGCCGCACAUGAUGUAUGGACCGCCUCCACCGCGUGCACCUCCUGUAGCUGUUGGUCCGCCCAUGUCAUUUCCGUCGGGUCGUGACCUUCCAGCCCUCAGCUCUAUCGCGAGAACUGGCAGCAGCAACAGCUCAAUGUCGAUAUCGUCAAUGCUGGGUGGACCACCUCCGGCUUUACGCGAAUCGCAACCUCCGCCUUCACAUUAUCCUCCUCAUUCUGCCGCGCCUGGAUCAGGUCCUGGCUUCGCGACCGCAGUUCACGCCUCACCAAGAAUGCACUCCGCAGCUUCUGACUACCCGCCUUUCCGCCGACCACAUACUCCCGAUCAUCAGCGACCCUAUGAACCCAGAAACUCACCACCUGGACACUAUACUCCCGAAGUCCCGCGUUAUAGCACGCCUUCCACGUACUCAAGACAUCCUUCAGGUUCUGCAGAUCAUGCAAGAGAACCUGGAAGACUACCUCCUGGGCCACCUCCAAGACCAAGCAGUCAACCCAAGGCAUAUCAAGGUAUGCCUCGACCGAUGGAGAUGGGGCGACCACCAAACCCAGAGGAGGCCUAUGGGCGACGCGACGAGAUGGGUCGACCUCCACCUGGCAUGGAAUACAACCCCGAAAGAGUAGGCCUUCGACCUAACCCCUACGACGACCGCUAUAGAGCAGAACGCGAACGAUUAGGCGAAGAGCAGCGCGAGCGCGAAAGAAGAGAGCGCGCAUAUUCUGGCAGUGACUCGGGAAGACACUCGAUACAUCCUGAAUAUGGCCACCGCGAACCACCUCGAAAUCCUUUACCGUACGGCCGACCGCCAGAUCGCGAUCCUAGAGAACGAGACCCUCGUGAAUCUCAGGGUAGGGAUCCUAGAGAUAUCCGAGAACGAGAUCCGCGAGACGGGCAAUGGGGUCGCAUGGGCUCUGAUCCCAGCUACCGAGCCCCCAUGGAUCACCAGCGACCGCAUCCCGAUUAUCCUCCUUCUGCGCAGCCUUAUCCUCCUCAUGGUGUUUACCCAGGCCCACCACCUGAGCGAUACCCUCCAGCCUCGCAUCCGAUGCCCGGCCCGCCAGGCCAAAAUAUGCCCCAUGGACCCGCACCUUAUGACUCCCCCGACCGAGCCCGAAUGAAUUUGAUGCAUGCACAACAGCAACCUCCGCACCGAAGACAAGAAGAAGGCGGCCCUCCACCACCGACCAUAGCCUAUAACGGAGCUCCUGGUCCGGGACAACUUGAGUCUCCACGACACCGUAAUAGCGAUGAUGCGUCAGCCCCGAAUGGUCAGCGUAAUUUGUUGGCAAUCCAGGAGAUGAACCGCAAAGGAAGAAUUUCACCACUACCCCAAGCCGUACAGGGCGCGCAAUUGCAACAGCCUGGUCCAACUGGCGAGCCAGGAAUCAAGAGCGAGUUUGGUCGCAUGUUUGCUGGUAUUGGAAACGGAGUCAUGGGAGUUACAAGCCCCAUGACAUCUGCCGCAAUGCCAUUCACAAAUGCAAGCUUAGCCAAACGCGAGGACCCGGAAAAUGUAACACCCGAUUCUGGUCCCGAGGCAGGAGGAAAGGGCACCAAGGGCAGGAGAAGAAAACUCAAAGAUGAUGAAGGAAAGGGCGAUGAUGAAAGUUCCGGACGAGUCACUCCCGCAAACAGAAACAAGCGUCCCAAAACUCACCAACAUCAACAUCACCACCACCAUCAGUAUGUUGGCCUUCCGUUUCCUCGGGACUUUGCUGAUUAUCAUAGUCACGCGCAUCACCACCAUCAUCAUCCACCUGACGCUGCCCCAUUGAGCGGUGCUGUACCUUUCAAGAACUUCAAGGCUGGCGCACCCAACGACAAAGGUCUUCCCGUCCCUCAUCAUCACCAUCCUCCACGACCAAUGCAUCCACACCAGCACCAGCCGGUGAAACAGCCGGUACAAAACGCCGCGCCGAUAAUACCUCCGAAAACCAAGACUAUUGUUUCGUCGAAAGCAGUUUUUGACUCUGUAUCGAGCCGACCUCGACACCAUCUUGGAGAUUUUAUCUACGAACCGGGAUUGAGAGCUGGCAGAUUGGUGCCAACCUAUCCUACGCAUCGACCCUUCGCCUCAAACCCUAAGCCGCUACCUUGGGAGAUGAUCAAAGACAAUGAAAACUGCAUAUUGACAGUCAAGGUAUCGCGAGUCCACUUGGCAUCUGCCUCUAGAGAAGAGAUUACCUCGCGAGGUUAUCUUUGGGGCACUGAUAUUUACACAGACGAUUCCGAUGUCGUUGCUGCAUGCAUUCAUAGUGGCUGGAUCAAGGGAGAGUGGUCAGAAGACGUCGACAGUGCGACAUUGGAUAUCGAACAGGGCGCCACCGAUAAGCGACGUAAGAAGCCUGCGACCUUGACUGUCGACCUGGACUCGGAAGGUCUGAUCACUGCACCUCCCACGAGCGGACCGAUGCCGAUACCUCCACGACGAGACCUACAUGUCAAUAUUCUCAUUCUUCCCCGUUUGGUCAAAUACUAUUCUUCAACCCGACAUGGCAUUACGAGUCGGGAGUUUGGUGGAGAUUAUGGACAUCGUCGUGCAGUUCACGACGGUAUCAGCUACAUGAUCAAGAGUGUACGAUGGGUAGAAAAUGGAGCGCAACCACAAGCACGACUCCGAGGCCAAGCUCGACGUGAUCGCAUUCGCAAGGCCAUGCGUGAGGUCAAGAUGAGUCUCGAUAACGGUGUCGAGGCAACUAGGGAGAAGGAAACGAAUGGAAAGUUGGCAGGUGGCAUAUCAGCUACAUGGAGGAAAAAGGAGCCCGAGCAAACCGAGUCAAAGACGAAGGAGAAGGAUACCGUCGAGGGCGACAAGGAGAACAGUGAACCGACUACUCACGAGGCGGAAGCGAACGAAGAAAAUAAGGAACAGCCAAAGGACGUGGAAAUGAGCGAUGCCGUCGAGGCGCCGACCACAGAGGCGAAGACGGAUUCUUGA